UGCAGGCUUCAAUCAUGUUGAUGAGGAAGAGGAAUGAUGAUGUUGGUGUGAAACAGAGAAAAGGUCACAGUUGUUUUUUCUUUCUUUUUUCCGGGUGUUUCAUAACAGCCUGCAUACACACCACUUUGGAUUCCUUAUAACUUUGUUUUUCCAGGAAGUCUCUGCCUAUCACCUCCUUUGAUGGUGUCACACAGGUCAUGAAGAUCAAGCUCUGAUUGGUCGGGGACUAACAUGCAGUAUGUCUCUCAGCCAAAUCACAGCCAGAAUUAAUGACUUUCGCAAAGGACCAUUUUGACAGACAGAGAUAUUGUGUAGUCUGAGCCUGGCAGGUUUGAGCCCUUAUUUGUAGAAUGGAUUCAGUCUUUUCUGUAAUUGGAUUCUACAUUGACUGGGAUGUCAGAAGUCUGCUGCUCUUCACUGCAGUCUUCAUCCUCACUGCAGAUUAUAUUAAGAACCGUCGGCCGGACAGCUUCCCUCCAGGACCUCGGACAUUUCCUGUUGUGGGCAACAUAUUCACUGUGGAUUACAACAGGACCCAUGAGAGUAUGACACAGUUAGCAGGGAAAUAUGGAGAUGUGUUCAGUCUGCGAAUGGGCCAGACAUGGAUAGUUGUGUUAAACAGAUUUGAGGUUCUGAAAGAAGCUCUGGUAAAUCAGGGAGACAGCCUGGUGGACCGACCAGACAGCCCUCUGGAGUGGGACAUAGGUCAUGGACUAGUUCACCUCAAUGCAGAAGAGAAGUGGAAGUGA